AUGUUUAAAAUUUUAUUUGGAUUUAUUCCAUCGUUAAUUUCAACUUUCAGCAAUUUAAAAAAUUUUAAUGAAAUCUAUAAAAACUUGCAACAGCAACAAAAGAAUGUAUCAUUAUUUCAUUUAGGUGGUCAUUGGAUUAGAUUAAAAGUGGGUGGGCAACCAUUUAUAGUAAGAAGAAAAACAUUAAAUAGACAUGCCGAAAGUAUUUUAGCUGGAAUUGCACAAGAUGAUAAAAUCAAUUCAAAAAUAAUAACAGAUCUCUUCUCUGUACCAUUUGAAAGUAUGGUACAUGACGAUACAACACCUCCCCCAGAAGACCUUAGUAACAUUAAAAGUGACCAAAACAAACAAAAAAAUAAUAAAAUAACAAACUCAACCAUUGGAUAUAAUGACAAUAAAAAACUACCAGUUAUAAAUGAUAAACAUUUAAAAUAUAAACAGUUUAAACAUAAUCAAGAGUAUCUAGAGGAGCUGUCCCGGAAUGAAGAUAUACUAAACCAAGAUGAAAAAAAGGAUAGAGAUGAAAACUCUCACUAUUUCGACGAAGUUGAAAAUGAAAAGGGCGAAAAGAAAAUCAAAUUCGAAAAAGACCACGAUGGAUUCUAUUUAAUAGAUCGUGACCCUGUCUAUUUUGGUUUUAUUUUAAACUACCUCAGAACUGGUAGUAUUCAAAUACCUCCAUCACUAGAUAUACAAUGCUUUAUUUCUGACUCCAAGUUUUACCGUUUAACCGAAUUAGAAAUGAUCUUAAAUGAUAGAAUCGUAAACGAUAAAAGAGUUUUAGAAAGACAAGAGAUUUAUAGAAGUGAAUUUAGUUUGCACAAUAUAUUAGAGACCAAUCAUAAGCAAAACCUAUAUUUUAUGUUACCGAUGAAUUGGUUUGCUCAAUGGAAAAGAUUUAUAGAUGGUGGCAUCCCACCACCCAAAACCAUCAACACCACAGUAUUCUUUAAAACGCUCGAUGGAUAUCCAAUUCAUUCACUGAAAGAAGGCCUGCGUGUGGAUUGUGACUACAUAUGUGUAUCUAAAGAAACCUGGUUAAUAUUCAACAAAUAUUACAAAUUGGUGGGGCCGAUUCUGAUGAGAACCACCAAAGAUAUUUAUGACAACCCACCAGAACAUUUUAUAUCUUCAAAAAUCUGGAAUGUUAAAUAA